GCCGCAUGGCUUCUCUCAAUCUCGAGAUCGGAUUCUACGAGCGCGCUCCCAUAUCCUCUUUCCCUUCCUCCCGAAAAGAUGAGUCACGUCGUCAUUCACGGAGGAAGAGACGUUUAAAGUCUCCUCGGCGAGACUCGCGUCGCGCCAACGAAAUUUGGGCCUGGUCGUGAUUUUUUGGGGUGAAAAUGCAACAGAUCCACUGUAUUCUUUGACAUAGCAUCUUCCAUGCAGCUAGGUAGAUAUAGAACCAAUCAAACAUUAUUGGUUAUAUCAUAGAGUUAUGAGUUAGAGAUUGCGACAUGCAUCUUCUGUAGUUUCUACAAUCAUGGUAUAGACAAGAAUUAUUAAGGCGAUAAAAUGCCUGCCAUGCGAAUUAAUAAUGGGACAGCACUUUGCUAGUCUCAGAGAGUUCUUUAGAAUGGAUGGUGAAAGACAGCCUACUGAGAUAUGCGCUAAUGCGCUUAGCCUGCCAUCGCCCUUGGAGAUGCUGAAUCGAGAUGACAAUGAGAGUUUGCCCGAAAACGAGACUAAUGGCAAUGUACCUGUAUCAAACUCUAACAUACUGCCGAACAGAUCAGAAUGUAAAUUAGAAGGGAAUUUGGACAACGAUCGUUUAAACCUAGAUGUAGACAACCAUAACUCUAGAUUUGAAUCUUUGUAUAGUCAACCUGUCGAAGCUCAGGAUACAAAGCAAAUUUGUAAUAAUGGUAAUGUUACAAGCGACUCAUCAUUUAGACAGCAGCGGGAAGCAUGCUGCAGUAGUUCUGGUGGUAGCAAUAGUAGUAGCAGUUCCGAAGAUAGCCCUGUGAAUCCACCUUUAAGAAGAUCCUCCAAAACGUUAUCGUUUGGAAAGAGGAAAAACAAGCAGCGCAACAAGGAUCAAAACCCAAUAUGCAAUCACGUUUUGUCAUCGAAAAAGAAACGCAGCAACUGGGUAUUAAAAUUCAAUUGCGCCAAGAGCAAAAACUCGAAAAAUACUGACAUUAUUCCCGGCCAAGGGAAUGGUAAUUCAGAUUGUAUAUGCACUGGUUAUAGGAGAACCGAAGAGCAUCCUAUGGGUGCGGGUAUCGUAUUUAACAGUCGGUCCGCUCCGCAAAGUCCCAUUCUUGGGCCUCUGCCACCAAGUCCUGUAAUCGAUCUAUCGCGAUUUAACCCCGAAGAAUUUCCUAUGGAAGUACGUUUUUAUCAUUCAAUUGCUUUCGGUAAAAACUUUCAGCAAAAAUUUUAUCGUGCUAAUGGACCUUUUUUUGUAAUUUUAAAGGAUUGUGACGAACGCGCCCGAAUGCAACGCGCUCGAGAAAUGGAGGAAGGUGUCGAACCUCCUCCUGAUUAUAGGCCUAAUUAUCCUGCGGGAAUACAAGUUCAUCCUAAUGGAAUAACAGUGGACAGUUUGGCGGCAUUGUUUCAAGCACAUGCCGGUAUUCAAGCUGCCGCUCUUACAGCUUUAUCCCAGAUUGACUUUACAUUAAUUCCAAAUAUCGAGAGACCUGCACAUACGCAGGUUGAUUAUGUCCAUUGUCUUGUGCCAGACUUGAGGUCGAUUACAGCCUGUUCUUUCUAUUGGGGCAAGAUGGAUCGUUACGAGGCGGAACGCUUGUUGGAAGGAAAACAAGAGGGUACUUUUUUGUUACGAGACUCUGCGCAAGAGGAAUUUUUAUUUUCCGUGAGCUUCCGUAAAUAUGGACGCUCGUUACAUGCGCGGAUCGAGCAAUGGAACCACAAGUUUAGUUUUGAUUCACAUGAUCCAGGAGUUUACGCUUCUGAAACUGUAUGUGGCUUGAUCGAACAUUAUAAGGACCCUUCAUGUUGCAUGUUUUUCGAGCCUAUGCUCACAAUCCCGCUGCAUCGAAAUUUCACGUUUCCGUUGCAACAUCUGUGCAGAGCGGUGAUAACUACGCGAACGACAUACGAUGGCAUAAACAAGCUGCAGUUGCCAAAGACACUUAAGAGCUAUCUCAAAGAAUACCAUUAUAAGCAGAGAGUGCGAGUCAGGCGAUUAGACACGGAAAACGAUCCACACACGGACUGUAGAUCCAUAUCAUGUUUACCGAUAUGAAUCUCUUCAUAUUGAUAUUUGCUAGAUUUUUAUUAUGUGUUGCAUAAUUAUGUUUCUUUAUUCACAUUUACAGUUGUGCCACCGUAUCAAAUACGAGUGGCAUAUGCAUACAACAUUGUAAUAUCAGAAAUACCAUGACUCUGACAUACAGUUACACAGAAUAUCAUUGCAAUAUUAGCAAUAAAAAUAUUGUAUUCAUCUUAAUACAUAAUGGGGGAAAUGACAUAGUAUAAUUUAAAAAAAAAAAAGUAAAAAGAGAAAAGAUGGGCCUUGUCCGAUCUCAGACGUGACAAGUGCCUAUGUUUACUCGAUGAAAUAAUCAUAUAUGUAAAUACGUCAGGACAACAGUGCUUCAUACACAUGCACAGUGUAUUGCGAAAUCGUGUAUUAUGUAAACUUCAAUAUCAUUGCUAUUGUUCUUACGAUUAUUACUAUACUCAUUUUUCUAUUUUAUUCCUAACUACGUUGUCUUUUAAUUAUUAUUUUGAGUAUAUAUAAUUUAACCUUAAUUGAAAUUGCGGGAACAGUUUGUACAUUGAUAAUUUUUAUAGAACGAUACCAAAACUUGCCUGAAAGGCAUGGCAAUUUAGUCUUUAUUACUACAAAACUAUAAUGUCAUCAAAUUUAAUCUUAACGUAGCUAAAGUUAUAAAAAGGAGAAAGAAAGUGAAGGAGAGUCAUUGCAAGAUCUGGUUCGUAUUACUCCUAUUGUGUCCUAUUUAUAAUGUUAAAUAUUAUUAAGUAAAAGCUGUCUGUGUUGAUGUUUCUCAUUGCCAGAUACAAAAAUGUAUAAUUUGUGUAAAUUAUUUAAAUUUCGAAAUGUGAGGUUGAUAUCAGAUGCAAUGAAUUGAAUUUGAAAUAAAAAUGCAAAUCAUUGAAUAUUAAUAAAUUUGCAAAGUAUAUAAUAUUAUAGUAUGAAAUUGUUAAAAGUAUUGAUUAAUGGUUAUUCCUAUAAUGAACUUCGUAUAAAAAAAAAUAAAAAUUUAAUAUUUA